AUGUCUACCUACUCGGCCAACGACCUCCGCAGUGCGGCCAAACCAUACCAGCGAGAGAAGAACCACAACACCAAAUGGGCGAGAGGAGCUAAAGAGGCUCAAGGCCAACAAUGCACUCUACAUGAAACUCCCGAUCCAAAGUGCCUCAAAUGCAUCGGCCGUCCCAAUCGAGGAGUCAGUCGAGCCGAGGCCAAACAUAGACGUGUGGUUCACAAUAAACUCUCUGGUCAAGCGGCCACUCUUGCACGCAAGGCCUUCCGAAAUGAGGUAGUGGAUGCCAUGGAUGGUCCUUUGGCCCAUGUCUCUGACACUUCCGAGGAAGAGGAUGUUCCAGACGCGUCCGCGGCACCUGUUCCCGCUGAGGCCGACUUCAUGUACAGCUACGACUAUCAGACUGGUCCUCGAGCUGGUGGUGACAUCUUGAGCCACGCCAUCACUCAAGCUGUUCGACGAUUCGAGAAUAAUGAAACCGAGAAAUUGGUCAACAAAGAAUAUAACAUCGUCGGCGAGAAAGAAAUGACAGAACUCUCCACCGAUGAGGAUGAACUCGACUUCGAGAUCAUCGACCGCGCUCACUUGGGCUAA